AUUAAUUUGAAAAAUCAAUUAAAUCGUUGUUUCUUGAUCAAAUUCUCGAAUAUCUCGUAUAAGAUUUGAAGAUUAAAAUGCCCAGCUAUUAGUAGAAAAAUAGCCAUUAUUUAUUUGGCAGAAGAUCAAUGUUUAAUAAUACAUGAUGAUAACUUCGCUUAAUUUACAUUGUUGACAGUAUGUAAAUAUAAUAAAAUUAAAUUCAAACCAGUAAAUCUGAUGUGAAAUAUCAAUGACUAACUGAUUUUCGAGUAAUAACGAUGGCAGCGAGUGGUUUAUUUAAUUCUGUGUUAAGAAUAAAACAAGAGCCCGUUGACGUUUCACAAAGAGAAUAUGAUGAUUGUGAUGCAAUUGGCAAGAUACCCGACCAUGAAAAUAUUCAAAUUUCCACAUUCCUGCUGAAAAAUCAAACUUGUAAGCUUGAAAAAUUUGACGAAAAUCAAGAAACUAAACUUGAUGACGAUAUGCAGAUUGUAUUGGAAUGCCAAGACGUAAAGCCUACCUGGAAUAUUUUAGCAGCCGGGAAAAUUGAAGAUAAAACCCCCGUCAAAGUAGAAACUUUGGGGGCAGUAAAAAAAGAGUUUAUUGUCGAUGAAGCAGAAAAAUGUAUGAAUUUCAACUAUGAACUGGGUGAGCAAAGUCAAGAAAGGAAUGUCACAACAGAUUGCAACAUAGGACACAAACGCAAAGUACGUUCCAGUACGGUUAUCAGUGACAUCACGCAUAAUUGCGACACGUGUGGGAAAACAUUCGGGCGAAAGUAUGAUCUCAAACGUCAUAUAGAUGCAGUGCACAAGAAAAAGACUCAUACAUGUGAAACAUGCGGAAACACAUUCAUACAAAAGAGUGAUAUGAAAAAACACAUUGAAUCGAUUCAUGGUAAAAUCAGACAUACAUGUGAUUUGUGCGAAAAGACGUUCUCGUGGAAGAGUGAUAUCAAAAAACACAUUGAUUCGGUUCAUGGUAAAAUCAGACAUAAAUGUGAUUUGUGCGAAAAGACGUUCUCGUGGAAGAGUGAUAUCAAAAAACACAUUGAUUCGGUUCAUGAUAAAAUCAGACAUGAAUGUGACGUAUGCGGUAAGAAAUUUACAACAAAGAGUCAACUCAAACCCCACAUCGAUGCAACGCAUAAAGGCGUCAAACGAGCGUGUGACGUUUGCGGUAUGAAAUGUUCGACGAAGAGUAGUCUCAAACGCCACGUCGAUGCAACGCAUAAAGGCGUCAAACGAGCGUGUGACGUUUGCGGUAUGAAAUGUUCGACGAAGAGUAGUCUCAAACGCCACGUCGAUGCAACGCACAAAGGUGUCAAACUAGCGUGUGACGUAUGUGGAAAAACAUUCGCAAGAAAGGAUAAUCUUAAAAUUCACAUCGCUUCGAUCCAUAAUGGAAUCAUCCAUACAUGCCGAAUCUGUGGAAAAACAUUCAGAUACAAAAAAAAUCUGAAAGCUCACAUUGAUAUGGCGCACCGUUCAACCAAAUGAAUGUAUAAAAUCAAUGUUUUAUUCUUUCAAAAGCCUCUCUUGACGAUCUAGUCUGUUCAUCAACAAGAUUAACUGAAGAAAUUUAAUUCAAUAUGAUAAUUCGAAUUUUUUUGAUUUUGUUAUAACUCACGCAUGAACAACAUUGAAUUUAUAGAAAUAUUCAGUAAAUUUUUCAUUGAAAAAAUCGUAGGUUUCAUCGGUCAUAUCAUUUAUAAAUAUAUUAUUAAAUUAAACUCAAGUUAGUUAGUUGUGCGUGGAACAUCGCGAAUAAAAGAUAAAUCUUUAACCGAAUUAUAAAGAUGGCAGCAAGUUUAUUUAACUCCGUCUUGAGAACGCAACAAGAUCCUGUUUACGUAUCGCUUAAUGAAAAUGACUAUCGUGAUGUAAUUGAUAAGAUAUCCGACCAUGAAAAUAUUCAAUGUCCAAAAUUUUCGCUGAAAGAUCAAAACAUCAAUCUGCAAACAUGCAACGAAAAUCAAGAAAUCGAACUCGAUGACGACCAGAAAAAUGCAUGCACUCGCCAAGAUGGCCUCGGACUUGCAAAUCAUCAGAACGAUGUCGCUGCUUCACGAGGUAUAAGAGCAAUGGCAGAUCGCAUCCAACUUCCCGAAAAUACAAUAGUCAGAGCUAACGACCUGUUCACGACACUACACGAAAAUCAAACGCUCAAACGCUCGAUUUCAAACAAGUAUGAAAGUCAUGCAAUUGCAUCGACUUGUUUGUACAUCGCUUGUAGACAAGAAAGAGUUCCUCGUACGUACAGGUAAAUGAGCGUGGUCAGCGGAACGAAUGUAACAGAAAUUGGGCAAUGCUUCAAAUUCAUCGAAUCUGAACUCAAAAUCAAAGUUCAAACUUUCCGAGCGGAAGAUUUCGUGCCGAGAGUUUGUACGCAAUUGGGCUUGCCCGAUUCUUUACUGCGUGCAGCUACGAUGAUUGCAAGACAGGCCGAAGAUGUAGGAGACUUUGUUGGACGAUCACCCAUAUCAAUAACGGCGGCAGCUAUAUACAUAGUUUGCCAGGCAUCUGCGUAUAAAAAGACAAGCCCGUCAGAAAUUGACACAGAAAUUUACCAUGUCACAGGAGUUUCCAAAAGAACUAUUAGAUGCAUCUAUCAGCUUAUGCUUCCGCAUGCGGCUCAAUUAUUCCCGCAAGAUUUCGAGUU